CUCCCCCCACGCGCACUGCCACAUAAUUGACAUGGCGGAAUCCUGCAGUCGCUCCACAGCGGACGGAGCCGCCGGAUGGUUAUUAUUCACUUCGGCCUGAGAGGAAUAACACGGAAUAGCGACGUUUACUCCAGUUAAUCGGCUGCGCAGGAGAAGGCUCCAUGAAUGUACGUCACCAUGAUGAUGACGGACCAGAUGCUGGAGCUCCCGCCGCUGCUGAACGGCGAGGUUCCCAUGAUGCACCACAUGAUUAAUGGAGAUGCCUCGCAGCAGGUGAUUCUGGUCCAGGUGAACCCCGGAGAGACCUUCACCAUCCGCAGAGAAGACGGCACGUUGCAGUGCAUCCAAGGUCCUGCUGAAGUUCCCAUGAUGUCACCAAACGGCUCCAUCCCACCCAUUCACGUGCCCCCGGGGUACAUCUCCCAGGUUCUGGAGGACAACACAGGGGUCCGGCGGGUUGUGGUCACUCCUCACUCUGAAUGCUACCCCCCCAGUUACUCUCCUGCUCUCUCUCCCACCCACCACCUGCCUCCACCUUACAUGACACACCCCCACUUCAUCCCCGCCUCUCACACGGCAUACUACCCCCCUGCCAGCCCCGGAGAUGUGUCCCCACACCAGUACUACCAACACCGCCUGCCCCCCAUCUACCCAGAGGAGAUCUUUCCCCUGUACAACAUGACGACGCUCCUCGGCCGAGAGGAGUACUGCAAACCGCAGCCCAAGAAGCCGAAGGAGCGCGCCACUGAGCGCCCGAGCCUGACCCGGGUCAGCACCCCUCCAUCCUCCGGCUACAAGAGCAGCCCCGCCUGCAGCACCACGCCCAACGGCUACGGCAAGAGCCAUGGCACUGCAGCCUCUGGGGCAGCAGGAGGAGGAGGAGGAGGAGGAGGAAGUCCUGGGAAUAAGCGAGCAGAGAGGAGGACCAGAGGAAGUCCAAAACAAUCAGAUAGUGACCAGCAAGAUGUUGAGCUGGAGGCCAGAAGAGAGCAGGAUGUACCAUCAGGAAUGGAUAAGCCUCAGGUGUUGAAGAUCCAGGCUCGCUCAGCGUUGGUGUCGUGGUGUCGGGCUCCAGCAGCUCGGAUACAGUCUGAUGGAGCUUCAGUGGUCUGCAGUUAUGAGCUGCUCCUCGCUGAUAAAGGCUGUGACAGUAAAUACAGAGUGGUGUACAGUGGUGAAGAGCUGCAGUACACACUGACUGAUCUGAGACCAGCAACAGAUUACCACGUGAGGGUGAGUGCAGUGUGUAACUCUAUAAAAGGUCCCCAUUCGGAGACGAGGACCUUCACCACCCAUAGCGCCCCUCCGGACACCCCGCUACCCCCCCGACUGUCACACCGCACCAAGAGUUCUCUGACUCUGCAGUGGAAGCCUCCUGUAGAUAACGGCUCUAAAAUCACCAGCUACAUUCUGGAGUGGAAUGAGGGGAAGAAGAACAGUGUGUUCAGAGAGUGUUAUUUUGGACACCAGCGGCAUUUUAAAGUCAUGAGACUGUGUCCUGCUGUCAGCUACACGUUCCGUGUGGCAGCACUCAAUGACAUUGGAUCCAGUGGUUUCAGCCCUGAGGUGGUUUUCCACACCACAGGAAGUCUGCCUCAGAUGCCUUUAGCACCGCGCCUGCUGCAGACCGGAGCGUCCUGGGUGGGGCUGGAGUGGAGCCGCCCGAGCAGCUACAGCCCGGAUGAGGCGCUUACAUACACACUCGAAAUGCAGGAUGAGACCAAGGGGGCGGAGUUUCAGAUGGUGUACACCGGUGUGGAUCUCAGCAGCAGGGUGGAGGGUCUGAGCAGAAACACACAGUACAGGUUUAGACUGAUGAUCUGCAGUGCAGAGUGGAGAAGUUCUCCCAGCUCCAUCCUGGUGUGUCGGACCAGUGUGGAUAAACCCGGCCCACCCGCGGCCCCCAGAGUCAGCGCCAUCACCUCACACGGCUUCUGUGUGUCUUGGGAGCCACCUAACGAUGACGGAGGCAGCGGAGAUCUGUCCUACCUGCUGGAGAUCUCUGAGGAGAAUUCAGGAGCAGUGAGUCAGUGGGUGGUUAUGUAUGGUGGGCCGCAGAGAGAACACGUGUGUAAGGACCUUAAAGCAGCGACUCAGUACUCAGUCCGUAUCAGCACAGAGAGCGCGGGGGGUCACAGCCAGUACACAGACAGUCUGGUGGUCUGUACUCUCAGUCUGCCCCCAGGUCCCUGUCACAACCUCACCAUUAAGGGCAGCAUUAAACACAGAGAGGUCAGCUUACAGUGGGAUUGUAUAUUGUGUGUUCCAGAAGCUCCAGUGUGUGUUGUAGAGGAUGAGACUCUGCUCUACAGUGUAGAGAUGUCUGACCCAGAGGACGAUGCUGAGGCCACUGAGGUGUUUAGAGGCUCACAUUCAGAGUGCAUUGUGGGUAAUCUGCUGCCCGGCACCACAUACAGCUUCAGAGUGCGAGCUGUCAACGAGUCUGGGUUCGGUCCAUACACCAAGGUCCUGGAGGUGACGACUGCAGCAGGACCUCCGGGCCAGUGUGGGGCACCGGUCAUUACCCUGACCUCACACUCCACUGCAGUGGUCAGCUGGGUGACGGACGAGAGCUCAGGCGUGGACAUCUCAGGAUACCAGCUAGACUGGGGACCCGAUGAGGACUCAUUGGAACUGGUUUACAGCGGCACAGAAGCUUCCUGUGAAAUCUCUGAGCUAGAGGCUGCAGUGAGCUACUGCUGUAGGAUACAGGCCACCAACCAGGCAGGGGCGGGGCCUUACAGUCAGCUGGCAUGGUGUCGUACCCCAGCUUCCGCCCCCAGCACCAUCAGCAGCCUGUACAUACAGGAUGGGCUCCACUCAGCCCCGGACAUGGAGCCGUUCUGUCCCUCCACCUGCCUGGCGCUUGCAUGGGAGGAGCCAAACUGCAACGGUCAGGAGAUCACCGGCUACACCCUCACUGUCGGGGAGGAGCUAAUAACUGUGGGUGUGGCUACAUGCACCAUCAUCAGGAAUCUGCAGCCUGAUACAGAGUACAGUGUGCAGGUAAGGGCAGAGAAUGCCGUCGGUGCAGGUCCAUUUGGACCGAGUCUCCUGGUCAGAACCAGGCCACUGCCCCCAAACCCCCCGAGACUGGAGUGUGGCAGUGCUGGACCACAGAGUCUGAAACUGCGCUGGGGCGACAGCAGCAAGAGUCCAAACACUGACACAGACACCACCUACAUCCUACAGAUGGAGGACAGGAACCAGAGGUUUGUUCCGAUCUACCGAGGGCCGAGUCACACGUUUAAGGUUCAGCGUCUGAGUGAAUCGAGUCGCUACAAUUUCAGGAUCCAGGCAGUGAGCGACGCAGGAGAAGGUCCUGUCUCUGAGAUCUACUCCUUCACCACCACCAAGUCUGUGCCUCCUACACUGAAAGCUCCUCGAGUUUCCCAGCUGGAGGGUAAUGCGUGUGAGGUGAGCUGGGAGAACGUCCCACCCAUGAGAGGAGACAGAAUCAGUUACGUGCUCCAGGUUCUGGGAGGCAGAGAGUCAGAGUACAGACAGGUGUAUAAGGGAGAGGACGCGGUGUUCCAGCUGUUCGGGCUGCAGUGGAACACGGACUACCGUCUGCGUGUGUUUGUGUGCAGACGCUGUGCAGACACCUCACAGGAGCUGUGUGGAUCCUUCAGCCCGUCCACUCACUUCUGCCCUCGUCGUGUCGUCUCAUCUCUCAGCGUGGACACGGGAUCCGUCGCCUCGUCCUCGGCAAAAAAGCUCUCAGACGAGCAGUUCGCCAGCAUCAUCGUAGUGGGCGUGGCCUCGCUCUCCAUCUUCAUCGCGUACCUGCUGCAGCUCCUCAUCUAAGAACAGACAUGAAAGCAGCUACCAGAAAAACCUUCUGUCUUUUUAUAUUCUCUUCCUGCCUUUUUUUGUCUGUUGCUUUUUAUAUGUUUAAACUUUGUUUCUUUGUUGCACAGAUUUUUAAACUACAAACUUUACGUAAAGUGAUAAAGUAUUUUUUAUAUGUUUUCCAAUUUUUUAAAAAAGAGAAAAGUUUCUAAAUCAGAGCGUUUUUUUUCCCCCUGAACAGUUUCAUAUAAAACCUUAAAACGACUUCAUAUUUUUAUAUUUUUUACAAAGUGUUGAUGUGAUCAGCUUUAACACAGCGGCCAUGAGGACGUGUCCUUAUUAUUUUACAGUCGUGUGCUAAAUUAGUUCACUUUCAUAUCCACAUUAAAGCCGCGUUUUUUUACAUUCGCUUUUUAAACUGAAGCUUUUUUUACUGUAAAGAGAGGAGUGGAGGUGAUGGAGCACAGGUACAAGCGAGAGCCGUCGUAUUUAAUAUAAACGCUCUUUAGACUCAUCAGUUACUGAGACUGACUUUAUUUGUGUCAGAGAUUUUCUCUGCGGUCGUACAGAAGUGUGAAAGGGAAAUGCGACAUCUUUUUAUUAUUAUGAAUAUAAUUAUUAUUAAUAUCCUUAUUAGGUCCUUAUUAACAGAAGCAGCCUCCUGUUGGCCAAAGACUUUCUUUUUUAUUCUCAUUGGCGAUUUAACAGCAAACUGAAGUGAAUGUUCGCAGCUCAGGGACUGAAGGGCCCCGAUUUCUGACCAGUGAAAGCAGCAGUGAGAUUUUCCUCCUGUGCACAAAGACUUUCUGUAAAAAAAAACAACAUUUCAACCUUUUUGCUAUUUCAGAGUUUCUUGGUAGCGUUUAACUUUAGCUGAAACUACGUUAAUGCAGUACAUGGAAAAUGUUUACUAGCUCAAUCAGACCUUACCCAAAGUUAGCUUUGUCAGCUAGCAGGUGAGGUUUAUUUAUACUAUAUAUUGCAUACAGUACUUUAUAAUGCAAAUCACAGUGCAAUCUUUUGUUUAUUUAUUUCUUUAAAGAAAAUCAAAUGAACUGUCAUAUUCAAUAUUUUCCUCAUGUAGCAUGUCUUUUUAUGGUUAUGAUGACUUUUUUUUCCGAUAUAGAGCAAUAAUCUUUAACUAUUAACCUGUUUAUGUCCUCAGAUAUGUGUAUUGUUCAGUCAUACGCUGUUUUUACUCCAGUUUAUUUCUGAUUUAAUUCAUCAGAUGCUGAUUUCUGUACUACAAUCUACCAGUUUCUGAUUUCACCUCUGAUAAGCAAGUUAAAGCCAACGUUUAUCCUAAUAUUCAGUAGAAUAUACACACACACACACACACACACGUAUGUAUAGAACAUAUAUGUUUCUGUAUGUAUGAAUGUAGUCAUUUUCCUUUUCUCUUUCUGUCUGUCUUUAAUAUCAGUUCAGUCUCCAGUUUAUAUUACAGUCUUCUAACAUUCCAGUUUGUUGUUUCUUGUUUAUUUUGAAGCGGUGCGACGUGACGCUGUGAGCUGAAGUCAUAAUGAGAUGUAAAACUUGAAGUGGAAACACUUGAACACUUUUCAUUUCAAUCCCCCAAAAGAUCCAAACCCACAGGUUUUCUUACUGUUUUUUAAGAAAUGAAACCUUAAAAUGUUUUCAGGUCAUUAAUUUAAAGUUUUUUUUUGAGAUGACGAUUAAAGUCCAUCACAGACACGGUCGAUGAGAAUCAUUCCACUCUGUCAGAAAUAUAAUCAUGUCACAUUUAUUGUUGUAAAUUAUAAUCAUAGCCAUUAUAAAAAUCCUUCCCGUAUCAGUUUAAUGUAUAGAGUUGAAGUAAUAGCCUUUGUAUUUAAGAUGAUUAUGUAUCUGUAGCAUAUAUGUAAUAUAUUUAUACACAAUAAAUUUUAAACAUUUCUGAAUAUGAA